AUGCGCCGAUUUUUCACGUCGUCUGUGUGCGUCUCGGCGGGGCUGGCGCGCUGGAUGCACACGCGGGAUGACGUGCGCAACAUCGCGGUUAUCGCCCACGUGGAUCACGGUAAGACCACCCUGGUGGACAGCAUGCUGAGUCAGUCCGGCACCGUGGCGAACGCGCACAAUCGAGUGAUGGACAGCAAGGAUCAGGAGAGGGAGCGCGGCAUCACUAUCCUGGCGAAGAACACGGCCAUCCUCCUGGACGACGGAAAGCGUCGCAUCAACAUUGUGGACACACCUGGUCACCUGGAUUUCUCUGGCGAGGUGGAGCGUGCGCUGCAGAUGGUCGAGGGGAUUAUCCUCUUGGUGGAUGCAAAGGAGGGCGUCCGUCCUGGCACGCGGUACGUUCUGCGCAAGGCCCUCUCCCUCCACCUGAGACCCAUUGUGUGCCUCAACAAGAUCGACAAGGACGACCUCAACAUCGCCAAGACGGAACAGGCCGUCGAGGACUUGUUCCUGGAGGCAGCAGAAGAUGAGAACCAGCUUGAAAUGAAGUUCUUGUACGGCUCUGGGCGCAGCGGGUACAUGAACGAGGAGCCCAAGAAGGAGGGCACGCUGACGCCGCUCUUCGACACCAUUUUCAGCACGGUGCCCGCACCCAAGACGGACGACGAUCAAGCCCUGCAGAUGCUGGUCGCCCAAGUCGACGAAGACGAGAAAAACAAGACGAAGCUGGCGAUCGGCCGCAUCUACAACGGCACCGUGCAGACCGGCGACAUCGUCACGGUGGCGCUCGAGGAAAAGCAAACGGACGCCUUGGUCAAGUCGAUUCACCUCUACUGCGGUGUGCAGAAGAUGCCGGUGACGAGCGCCAGCUACGGUGACAUCUGCAUCCUCGAGCUACAGGAGCCGAUCGGAAUGAAGGUGCCGCUAAAGAUUGGUGGCACGAUCGGCAAGCAAGGCGCGGUGAAAUUGUUCCCGUACAAGAAGCCUGACGACCCAACUUACAGCCUUGUCCUACAAGAGAGCGAGGCUAGCUGGAAAGGCAAAGAGGCAGCGGAGUCUAUGGGAAAUAUCACCGCCAUCCAGCGCCGGCUGGACCGGGAGGCAAUGGUGAACACGGCUCUGCAGCUCAAGAGCCUCAACGCAAAGCAGAUCACCAUGUACGGUCGCGGCCCGCUGCAUCUGUCCGUCAUCAUCGAGGAUAUGCGGCGCGAGGGGUAUGAGUUCGAGAUUCAGGCCCCCCGGGUGCUCACGCGCGUGAUCGACGGCGUGGAGUGCGAGCCGUUCGAGCGGCUGCUGCUGGAGUUCAAAGACAACCUAGUGUCUGCCAUCGUUUCCUUUUUGAGCUCCAAGAUGGGCGAAAUCGGCGAGAUCGAGCCGCUAUCGAACGGGCGCGUCCUCAUGGAGUGCGUGAUGCCGGUGCGCCUCAUGUCGAAUGUGCCGCUGAAGUUUCACACCCUCACUGGUGGUGACGGUGUAAUGAACCACCACUUCGACUCCUACCGUCCCAUGGCUGCCAUCGAAACAGAGCGGGACACGGGUGCUCUUAUAUCCGUGGACAACGGUGAGGUGACGGAGUGGUCGCUCUCCGGCUUCAGCACGCAGGGGCGCUUCUUUGUCCUCCCUGGGGAUCAGGUGCAUUACGGCCAGAUCGUCGGCGAGAACCAGAAGACGGCGCUGCAGAACCUGGGCGUGAAUGUGUGCAAGCGCAACGAGCAGCUUGGCGGGAUGCGGGCCAACGCCAACGACAAGGCGAAUAGCAAAAGGGGCGCCUACAGCGCGGUACGCUACAACUUCGAGGAUUGCGUCGCGUGGGUCACAGAUGAUGAGCUCGUAACCGUGACGCCUAAGUCGAUACGCAUGCGCAAGCCGGGAUUUAACGGCAAGACCAGCAUGCGCUCCUUGAAGAGGAAAUGA